AUGUCCGGCGCAAGACGCGAACAAGACAAGGAAGCCACAGUGUAUGUCGGCAACCUCGAUGAACGCAUGACGGAUAAGUUGGUGUGGGAGCUCAUGAUCCAAGCCGGGCGCGUCGUGAAUGUCCACCUACCAAAAGACCGAGUCACACAAUCGCACCAAGGCUAUGGUUUUGUUGAGUUCAUCAGCGAAGAAGACGCAGAGUAUGCCUCAAGAAUCAUGAACGGCAUCCGUCUAUAUGGAAAGCCAAUCCGUGUGAACAAGGCAUCGGCAGACAAGCAGAAAUCAGUGGAAAUCGGGGCAGAGCUCUUUGUUGGAAACCUUGAUCCUAUGGUUUCUGAGCAGAACCUAUACGACACCUUUAGUCGUUUUGGAAACCUACUCAACCUUCCCAAGAUUGCUCGCGAUGACAAUAACCUGUCUAAGGGAUAUGGCUUCGUUUCCUUCGCCGACUUCGAAUCUUCCGAUUCAGCCAUUGCCAACAUGAAUGGCCAAUACUUGAUGAACAAGCAAGUGUCUGUGCAGUAUGCCUACAAGAAGGAUGGCAAGGGCGAGAGGCAUGGCGACGAGGCAGAGCGAAUGCUAGCGGCGCAAGCUCGAAAGCACAAUGUACGACCACCGGCACAGCAGAUCACUGGACCUCCGGCGGGAUCUGUCGCCAUACCGAGCGGCGAUAGCUCACGGCCUGCAUUCCUCCGAUGGCUUACCCAAAAUGUCCCUCCUCCGAAUCGAGCCCCUCCUGGUGCCAACUCUCUUGCUACUCCACCACCUGGCUUACCCGCUCGACCUCCGCCAUCUCAAGCAGGCUACGGUGGCCCGCAAUCCUUCGUACCCCCAGGCUUCAAUGCCCCCGGCCAGCAGCCGCCCGGAUUUGGCCCGCCUGGAUUUGGCUCACCGGCCGCUGCAGCUGGCGUGCCCCCUCCACUUCCUCCUGGCUUCCAGCCAGGCUAUGGAAAUGGUCGCUGA